AUGUCGUCUCUAUCUCGUCGUGCAUGCUACAAGUGUGGCAACGUCGGCCACUAUGCAGAAGUCUGCACUUCGUCUGAACGACUGUGCUACAACUGCAAACAGCCUGGUCACGAAUCCAACCAGUGCCCGAUGCCGCGCACUACAGAAACUAAACAAUGUUAUCAUUGCCAGGGUCUAGGCCAUGUCCAAGCCGACUGUCCCACCCUGCGACUUAGCGGUGGCCCUGCAGGCGGUCGCUGCUACUCAUGCGGACAAAUUGGUCACCUCGCCCGCAACUGCCCUACACCUGGCGCGGGACCUGCCACUCGCGGCGGUCGUGGUGGCUAUGGCGGUGGCUUCCGCGGCGGUUACAACGUCGUCAACAACCGGGCUGCCACCUGCUACAAGUGCGGUGGACCUAACCAUUAUGCUCGCGAUUGUCAAGCACAAGCCAUGAAGUGCUAUGCUUGCGGCAAGCUUGGUCAUAUCUCAAGGGACUGCACCGCUCCCAAUGGCGGUCCAUUGAAUGCAGCUGGAAAGACCUGCUACAAGUGCGGUCAGCCCGGCCAUAUUAGCAAAGACUGCACUUCUACUGAAACCAAUGGUUCGGCUGUUGCUGUUCCAAAUGGAACUUCUGCUGAUGCUCCCGCAGCUGCACCUGCUGCAGAUGGCUCCGACAUCAAUGUCGCUGCGGCUGCCACUGCGGCGGUCGCAUAG